GCAUUUCAAUCUCGAUGAGAAGAGAGUCACAACCCAUUUCGUCCUCGUCGCCUUCUUCUCUCUCUCUCACCUCAAAACUCUCUGAGAUUGUGUCGUUUCUUCUUCCCUCCGCCGUGCCCCGCCGUGCCCUGACGCCUCUUCGAGUUCAGUUUUGGGAAAGAUGUUUAGAAUUGCAGCGAGGAAGCUCUCUACUCUUUCCGUCGCCCCAUGGAGGACGAACCAGGCGGCCACCGCCUCUUCUAUCAUCCCUCGCUAUCUCGUCUCCGAGAAUGAUUCUUCUUCUCAGCUGAGAUCUUUCCCAUUCACUACCGACUUCCAUAUUCCCUCCUCCAGAGGUUUUGCUUCUGAUUCACUUGCCCCAUCAAUGGAACACGGUGGCUUAGUGUCAGACAUUCCGGCAACUGUGGCAGCUGUUAAGAACCCAACCUCAAAGAUAGUAUAUGACGAUUCAAACCAUGAGAGAUACCCACCUGGGGAUCCUAGCAAGCGUGCAUUUGCCUAUUUUGUCCUCACAGGUGGUAGGUUUGUGUAUGCUUCUCUGAUUCGUCUCCUUGUCCUCAAGUUUGUGCUGAGCAUGUCAGCCAGUAAGGAUGUGCUUGCUCUAGCCUCUCUCGAGGUCGAUCUCUCAAGCAUUGAGCCUGGAACCACCGUCACAGUUAAGUGGAGAGGAAAGCCAGUCUUCAUCAGGCGCCGAACUGAAGACGACAUCAAGCUGGCAAACACUGUCGACCUUGGCUCUCUCCGUGACCCUCAACAAGAUGCUGAGAGGGUUAAAAACCCCGAGUGGCUUGUGGUCGUUGGGGUGUGCACGCAUUUGGGUUGCAUUCCCUUGCCAAAUGCAGGUGACUUCGGUGGAUGGUUUUGCCCAUGCCACGGCUCCCACUACGAUAUUUCUGGAAGAAUCCGCAAAGGACCGGCACCGUACAACUUGGAGGUACCAACAUAUACCUUCUUGGAGGAGAACAAAUUAAUGAUUGGUUAAGCAGGUGGACUCGUUUUGUAGAGGGGUCCUUUGUUUAUUUGGGAUUCAGAAUUUUUUGUUCUGUUUUAAAAGUUCAUAAGAUAACGUCGAAGAUUUGUGAAAAAACGUCCUUGUUUAGAGCCAUAUUUCUAUCUGGCUUGAAGUUUGAUAAUGUAACUUUAUCACGCUGGGAUUCUCAAUAAGUUGCCUAGCUUUUGCUGAGCAGGAAAUAUGUUGAAUUUUUGCUUAUUCAUUUUCUUUAAAAUUAAA